AGCCGUUUUGGCCACAUCCUCCAGGUCGCGCGCCGUAUCGGGCUGGUUGCUGGCGAACGAACCCCAGAAUGCCCAAGGUCUGCAUUUUCAGCGCGGCCGAGUAUGUUGUGGACCAGAUGAAGCCGCUCGUGGAAAAGUGGCCUGAGUCGAUCUGCGUCCAAACUGCGUGCACGCCGUCGACGGCCAGGCUCUGCAAGGGCUGCGACGUCGUGUGCCUCUUCGUGAACGACUGCUGCGACAAGGAGCGUGGCGGCGGGUUCAAGGCGAACGGAGUGAAGAUGGUCGCGAUGCGCUGCGCAGGGUUCGACAGGGUCGACGUGAAGGCCCUGAUGGAGGCCGGGAUCCAGAUCGCCCGCGUGCCCGCUUACAGCCCAUAAGGGCGCAGGCACGCAGUCACGCUGGCGCUGAGCCUGAACCGCAAGAUACACAAGGCCUACGUUCGCGUCCGCGAGGGCAACUUCACCCUGAGUGGACUCGUCGGUUUCGACAUGCACGGGAAGACCGUCGGGAUAGUCAGCACAGGCAAGAUCGGCACGAUUGCCGCGCAGUGUUUCAAGGGCUUCGGCAUGAAGGUGCUCGGCUACGACAUGUACCCGAACGACCACUUCAAGGAGAUCGGCGAUUAUGUGACGAUGGACGAGUUGUUGGCACAGUCGGACGUCAUUAGCCUGCACACGCCGCUGAUGCCAGCUACGCAUCACAUGAUCAAUAAGGAGGUGAUCGACAAGAUGAAGGACGGCGUCAUCCUCGUCAACUGCUCGCGGGGCGGCCUGGUGGACACCGAGGCCCUUAUCGAGGGCCUCCUGGCAGGGAAGAUCGGAGGGGCUGGCCUGGACGUGUACGAGAAUGAGGAUAAGCUCUUCUUCCAGAAUUUUGUGAACUGUGACACGAGGGAGCGGAUGGCUGCAUGGGACAAGACCUUCAACAUGCUCUCGGCCUUGCCGAAUGUCAUCGUCACCCCGCACACCGCUUUCCUCACCAAGGAGGCCCUCGAGAACAUUUGCAACACCACCAUCCAGAACAUCGACGAGUUCCUGGAGGGCAAGGAGCUGACCAACGGCGUGAAGGCCUGAGGCGAACGCCGGCGCUCGCCAGCGGCGCCCGCGCCCGCCAGCGAGGGCUGCAGGGGGAGACAGGAG